AUGGCUUCUCCGGUCGAAGCCUCUCUCGUCACUAAGCUGAAAACCUCCGAUUCUCCAGCGAAGCGUUUUGUACCAUUCAUCAACAGCUCCUUAUCGAUUCUCCCCAAACGUAUUCCAGAGAUUUCAAAUUCCAACGAGCUCUUAAUCCGUGAGUUGUUCGAGGUUUAUAUUCUCUGUUUGGAUUGUUUAGAAGCAGUUUGUUCUCAAUUGGAUUCGAAGCCGUUAACUAUCCAUUUCCUAAGACUUCGAUUGAUACGUUGCUACGAGGCUUGUAGUCGAAUCCGCGAGGCUGAAGCUGAAGGGUUUAAGCUUUUAGAGAGGCUUCGUGAAGGGAAAAGCAAGGGGAAGAAGAUUCUUCCUGAAAUUGACAAAGGUGGUGCUGUUGAUAAGGAGUUAUCCUCUCUGGUUGUUGAUGUUGUUGUGAGUUUAGUGAAGUGUGCGUCAAUGGCUUCCGUUAAAGAUGAUGGUUGCUUUAGAAGGGUGCUUCAUUUGAUGGAUGAAGUGAGGCCGUGGCUUGGGGGAUUAGAUUCCAAUUCGUAUGAGAAAUUUCAUAAGGCGUUAGCAUAUCACUUGGGUAAAUGUGCUUUAAAUUUCUUCGAGAAGGGGUCAUUCUCUGAUAAAGAUUUGGCGAUCACUUUGUGCCGAACGGCGUUGAUCGAGUAUGCAAAAUCUUCAUUUAAAGAUCAAUUGUUCAAGAUUGCCCAAAAGAUGUGCUCCAUACUAUUCACGCUGGAUGAGAAUAAAUUGUUGUAUAUCAUGGAUAUACUGGAUUGUUUUGCUUGUGAAAAGAAGGUUGAAGAGGGAAAUGCCGGAAUCGAGUUUAUUGAACUUGUAUAUUAUUGUGUCAUUAAAUGCCAGACUGCAAAUGCAAGUUUUUGUCAUACAUUUGCAGCAUAUUUGAACAAAACAGCAGAACAUUAUAAACAGUUUAUGAAACCCCUUAAUUCAAUACUUAGGCUUUAUGCUGCUGGGUUACUCCUUGUUAGCUGUAAGUUGAAGUCUAGAGCUGAAGGUCCUGAAUCCUCUGGCAGCACAAAAUUUGAAUGUUUCCUGGGAACUUUACUUGAAAAUAAGAAAAUACUACAGAGUUCCCCACCUUUGCUCAGUUCCUUUCAUAUUUGCAGCAGAAGUAGUUGUACGUCAUCUAGUGUCGAAGACCAACAAUUUGAUGGUCACACAUGUACAAAGUCAGCUUCUGAUUGCGAGGCCUUUAUGACUUACAAAUCAUUUUAUGUAGAGGCAUUGGACUUUCUAUGCCUACCGCUUGCUAAAUCAGUAAAUUCAGAAAGGAAACAGCUACUUACUGAAAAGACCGAUGCUUCUACUAUGACUAUGCUUUCCACUGUUGAAGAUGCAUUUCAUGCCCUUUGUCAAUUUAUUCUUUAUAGUCAAAGUUCUACAUUUGAAAAGGAUAAUGAUGGAUUUGCCGAAAAGAGUAGAACAAUGCCCUGCUUUACUUUGGCAGCUUUCACUCUUUCCAUCAAAACCAAUCGUAAACUCCAGGAAAGCACACAAUUGAUUAAGCAUGUCAUUGCUAGCAAGUGGAUUGAUACAGAAGGGUUAAAAUACUUAAUUAGUUGUCUCUUUAAUACUGCUUUGUUUUUCUACAAAAACAAGCAACCAGGAGAGGCUUCAAAGGUUCUAAACUUGUGCUGUAAAGCAUCAUGGCUCUGUAUUAAAUGCCACUAUGGUAAUCUGUCAGAAGAUGUUUUGAAAGAGUUUGUAAUGGAUGCUUACACAAGAAGUGCCUUACUUUUAGAUUUUCUUUAUGAAACCAACAAUCUUAAGAUAGGGAAGAAAUUGAUUGAGACUCUUAAAAACUGGUCUAGUGUUAGCGAUCUGUAUGAGAAGAUUCCAGCUCCUAUAUCUGUGGUAAAGAAGUGGGUGAAGAUUGAAUGCAGACGUGUUACAGAUGUUGAUGACAAAGUUGACCCCCCUAGCUUAUACAGUCUAUUGUCAUCUUCUACAGAAUUGUCAAAGAGGAACAUUGGCACAAUCUUAGAGCAGGAACUUACUGCCUACGAGGAGAUGAGUGAUAAAUACCCUGAAUUUUGUCAGAAAAUGCAACUGAAAGUCACGAACAUCCUCCUUCAAAAUAUAUAUAUCACGCCAAUUAGCUGUUUGCAAAAGGCACACACUCUAGUCAGAAAGGGAAAGGCAUUAAGAUUUUCCGGCAUAGAUGGUGUCCGAGACUGCAUUCAUUGUUUGUCGAAAGCAAUUGUCAUUAUGAAGGAUAUUCCUGGUGAGAUGUGUUCCAAAGCAAUUCCCGUUUAUCAUCAAUUGUGUGUGGCAUAUUGUCUACGAGCACUGUGUACCCAGGAAGCUGAACCUUGUUCAAAGCAAAUUUUUGAAGAUGUCAAGGCUGCUUUGGAUUUAUGGUUGGACAUUUCUUGUCUGGAUUGCUUUGAAGAGGGAGGGUGUUCUGUAUUGUCUGACAGUAUAAUGAUUCUACUCUAUAACAUAAUCGAUUUAUUACACUUGAAGGGUUUCACGGAACUCUUCAAUGAUGCAUACCGGCUGUUGAUCAGAAUGUUCAAAUUGAAGAGUGUCUCAGUGGAGAAGUGGUUGACCUUAUUGUGGGAAAGUAGGAGGCUUAGUCAUGCACUCUGCGUUUCGCCUGUGAAUGAGGCAUUCAUCCUGAAUUCGUUGGAUGAGUUUAGCGAUCUUUCAAAUAUUAAUUUUUGGAUGCAUAAUCUUAAGGGAAACCAAUCCUCAUUAAUAGGGUUUCAACAAAAUUUUGCUUUUUUGUUUGCAAGCUCUCAUAGGAGUUCUUGCGACGAUGGUAGCUCUUUUCAAGUAGAAAUUACAGUUGACGAAGUUCAAAAAGCUGCACUCAAACUGAUUUCAAAUGAUCCUGUUCCAAGUCAUUGCACUUUUCUUGCGGGAUAUCUUUAUAGUGAUUUGUGCGAAAGACUUAUUGCAAAUGGGAAGUUAAUAGAGGCUCUUUCAUUUGCAAAAGAAGCUCAUAGAUUACAUGCCAAACUCUUCAAAGUGAAAUUUAGGCACAUUUUUCAAAAGGAUAAUGAAGAGAAUAAUAUAAAAGUUGAUUUUUCGAAGAAUCUUAUGGAUGGUGUUGAUAAAAUUGAAGUAGACAAGUCAGUUGUCCGGGAAGUUUUUCUAUUUGAUUCGAUAUCACAGGACUCAAAAGAAAAUUAUCUGAGUCCUUGGAAAGUUAUGCAGUGUUACCUUGAGACCACUCUCCAGAUAGGAGUCAUCUAUGAAAUUAUCGGAGAUGCAAUUGAGGCUGAAACCUAUAUUCGAUGGGGGAAAGCAAUAUCCUAUUCGCUUCAGUUGCCAUUAUUUAUUGUUGCUUUCUCUUCCCUCUUAGGAAAACUAUACCUUAGGAAAAGACUUUGGGAUUUGGCAGAAAAGGAACUUCUAUGUGCCCAGCAGAUUUUGAAUGAUAACAGCACACCAUUUUGUUGCUCAAAGUGUAAAUUAAUACUUGAAGUCACUCUUGACGGGUAUUUUGGAGAUUUGUGUCAAAGUAAAUUUAACGCUCGUGAAGAGGGUGUUUCUGAAGAGACUGCAAAAAAUUGGUACACAUCAGCUCUGAAUAAAUUAACUCUUUCUGAAUGGAAAAACCCUCUGAGUUGUCCUGAAGACAAUGGUUAUGCAACUGCAACAGAUGCAAAAUGUGCUGCUGGAAAGACUUGUACUUGCUCUAUAAUGAAUGAAGCUGGUGAAGAUGUAACGAGAUCUACUAAAGUAGGGCCAGUAACCAAGAUUGAACCCAAACAAAGUAGAAAGUCUAAAAAUUCUGCCAAGGUUAUAUCAAAUGAACCAACCGUAGUAGUUGAGAAUAAACCAAGGUUAACUCGUUCCAGAUAUCGAUCUAUACAGAACCAGCACACAAACAUUUCUAGGAAGUUAGAAGUCAAUGAAAAUGAGGAAGGUAACCAAAUUUCUGAUCCGUCUGACAUGCUUAGUCGGAGAGAGUCAAUUUCAAAGGAGAUAGGUUGCAGCAUUUCUUCAACGUGUGCAAUAUCAUGCAUUUUAUCUAAAAUGAAGUGUUGGAACUACCUUCCAUCUGAAGUUGUUAAAUCUGGGUUGUUGAAUGAUUUUAUUAUUCUCAAAUGGGAGUUUGUUCGGAGGAAACUUUCAAUGAAGCUUCUCACUCGAGUAGUGAAGUGUUUUGCAUAUCCUGGUCAAAUCGAUGAAGCACAGAAAAUUCUUCUAAAAAACAUCUCUCUUCUGUUUGUCAGAAACCCAUUCUGCCACAGUUUUUCAUCAAUUCCUCUAGAUUCUUUUCACCAAUUGGUUGCCAAGGAGAUACCAGGAGAUGUAUUCACUAUUGAGCGUGCAGAGAUAGUUUAUAGCAUAUGUUGGUAUUCUUUGAAAUGCUAUCAUUCCAAGUUUACAAGGAACAUUUUUUGUAAUCUAUCUCACAUCAAGUUUGAAGACAUUGUUUCUUGGCUGAGGGUAGCUUUUGUACUCUCUCGUGAGGUUCCCAUAGUUUUUCAAAAGGUGUCUAAACUACUUGCUGUGAUGUACACGGUUUCUUCCUUGAGUGAACAAUUUUCAAUGCCACCUUUUAGCAAAGUUUUCGAUGAAAAUUAUUGGUCUUCAUACUUCCACCAGGCUUCAAUUGGAACUCAUCUUACUUACCAGUUUCUUUCACAUUUGACUGGGCGAUGCAAGGGUCCAUAUGUUACUGGAUCUUCUUUCAUCAACAAAGUGACAUUUGACUCACUUAGGGUUGCUCCUGAUUCUACUGUAGAGCUUGCAGAAUAUGUGAAGAAGUUUUUUGCAGGUCUUCCACACACAACUAUCAUCGGUAUAAGUUUGCUAGAACCUGAAUAUACUAGUUUACUUCAGGAGUUGUUGCCGUAUCCUGCAUGUGUUCAAGCCUGGUUGUUGGUUUCACGACUGAAUUUUAAGACUGAACCUGUUGUGAUGUUAUUGCCUCUGGAUUCUGUUUUACUAGAUGAGGGUGAUCUGAGUACUGGUUCAGACCUUUUUGAAACCUUUCAGAAUCCUAGUAAAGUCUGGCAUUGUCCAUGGGGUUUUACAAUGGUUGAUGACAUUGCACCAGCCUUCAAAACCAUUUUGAAAGAGAAUUACUUGUCAUCAACGGCUUGUUUUGAAGAUACAAUGCAGAAUAGGAUAUCAUGGUGGAAGCAAAGAACAAACCUUGAUCAUUGUCUUGAUAAAUUUCUGAGGAACCUUGAAGAUUUGUGGUUUGGUUCAUGGAAAUGCUUGCUUCUUGGAGAAUGGUUAAAUAGCAAAAAAUUUGACUCGGUGCUUAAAAAUCUUGUGAAUGAUCUAAGAUCUAAGUGCAAAUUGAAUGUAAAUGAGGGUAUUCUUAAAAUUGUUCUUGGAGGCUCCAAAUAUAUAAGUGAAGGAAAGACAUUGAUUUCACAGCUAUGCUCAAAGAAAGACUGCUACAUUGCUAAAGGAGGCUAUUGUGCUGGACCAAGGAGUGGUAUUUUUUUAAAUGAAGCCAACAAAUUAGAUUCAUCAGAGGUUGCUUUUGAACUAUUAAAUGAAGCCUUAAAUAUGCUGGAAGUGGACGACUCUCUGAAUAGAGAGCCUGUCAUUCUUGUGUUGGAUUCUGACGUGCAGAUGCUCCCGUGGGAAAAUUUACCCAUUCUAAGGAACCAGGAAAUUUACCGCAUGCCUUCAGUCAGUAGCAUCUCUGCAGUUCUUGAUAAUGGCAACAACCAUAGGGAACAAGUGGGCAAGAAUUUGACGCCCUUUCCUAAUAUAGACCCUCUGGAUGCUUUUUAUUUAGUAAAUCCAGAUGGUGAUCUCGGUGGCACUCAGAUUGAAUUUGAGAAUUUUUUUAGAGAUCAAAACCUUGAGGGAAAGGCGGGUUGUAAGCCCACUGCCGAAGAAUUGGCUUCUGCAUUGGAGAAUCACGAUUUAUUUAUGUAUUUCGGGCAUGGAAGUGGAGUGCAAUAUAUUCCUACGCGUAAGAUUCUAAACCUCCAACAAUGCGGUGCCACACUUCUGAUGGGGUGCAGCAGUGGUUCACUGACUUUACAUGGGAGCUAUGCACCGCAAGGUGUUCCUCUGUCAUAUUUGCUGGCCGGUUCUCCAUCCAUUGUUGCCAAUCUAUGGGAGGUAACAGACAAGGAUAUAGAUCGGUUUGGCAAAGCUAUGUUUAAUGCCUGGUUGAAAGAAAGAUCAGAAGUUGCAACGCAAUGCCUGCAGUGCAACUUAGAAUCAGAAGAAUCUGAGGCCAUGAAUUUGAAGGGCGGCAAGGGUAGAGCAAAGAAAAAAGUCCCAAAGAAGAAAUCAAGAGAGUUGCCUGAGAGUGAUUCACCUAAGAAAAACUGUAGUCACAGACCCAAAAUUGGAGCUUUCAUGGGCCAGGCGCGUAAUGUUUGCAAGCUUCCUUUCUUAACAGGGGCAUCUCCUAUAUGUUAUGGUGUUCCUACUGGAAUAUGGAAGAAAAAAGAUAUUUAG